CAGCAUAUCAAAAACCAUUACAAAUUAGAGUUAAAAAAUUAUUAUAUAGCUUAGCCUUUAUCAACCCUAAAAUACUUGGACCAAAUUCAGAAUUCAUAACUUCAAGUAUAAUUAAAGCGGCAAAAGAAUCGAACUUCUCUAAAGAACCAGUCAAAACUCAAUUUGAUUCAAUAGCACCUCUAGUACUAAGUCCUACUCUGACACUAAUUGACAUCAUGACAAGAGAGGAUAAAAGUAAUAAUCAACAAGGCAGAUCAAAGCCACCUAACCAAGGACAUCGUAGUGGCUAUGGACUUGAGAAUAAUAAAGCAUUAGACAAAAGUGGUAUUGCAGCAAUUAUUAGACAAAUGAGCGACUCAUUUAAGGAAAUUGCUAAAGAAAUCAGGGAUGCUCGACCACAAGCAUUCCCAAGAGAAACUAAUAUCAUACCAGUAUAA